GCUGCAUAGACUAGAGGCGUACUUGAAGCAAAUACAAGUCCUCAACACACGGAGCUGGUGCACAGAGCCGCAGUCAUGGCAACUGCACAAUCCAUGUUCAUUGCAGCUGUAUGCAUUCUUUUAAUUAGCGAGCUCGUCCUCGCUGAAAAAGACUAUUACGAGAUUCUGGGUGUUUCGAAAGAAGCCUCCGAGCGUCAGAUCAAAAAGGCUUUCCACAAAUUAGCCAGGAAGUAUCAUCCAGACAAGAACAAGAGCCCAGAUGCAGAGGCAAGAUUCAGGGAAAUUGCUGAGGCCUAUGAAACAUUGUCAGAUGAGAAGAGGAGGCAGGAGUAUGAUGAGUCCAGGAGAAAUCCAUUCUCCACUGCAGGCCACGGAGACAGGCACUUUCAUCAGUCAUCAUUUACUUUCAACUUUGAUGAUCUUUUUAGAGACUUUGAGAUCUUUGACAAGAGACCACAUUCCCAAUUUGGGGGACAUUAUGAAAGUCAUUUUGAGACCCAGCAGGAGUCACAAAGUUGGCAAAGGAGCCAUUUCCAAAGUUCGUUUAGAGGAGGUAUGUUUGAUGACAUGUUUGAAGAUAUGGAGAGAAUGUUCUCAUUUGGCCAACAUCCUACUGGGGCUGAGGGCAGGUUUCAUGGCUCAGGAAGACAGGCCUGCCGAACUGUGACGCAGCGCAGAGGAAACAUCGUGUCUACAUACAGAGACUGCUCCUGAUUCAAAAAUCACCCAUAAGUGUCCCUUGCAACCCCCCCCCCCCCCCCUUCAGUGCAAUAAUCUCAUUUUGGAGCCAUUGAUGCUUAAUGAGUUGUUUGUUGUUGAAAAUGACAAUUGUUUCUUGUUUUGAAGUGGUUUUGAAGUCCUCAUCCUCUGUAAACAUCACAAGAGCAGAGAGGAGAUGAAAAACAAGCUUUGAGAAUGCAGGACAUGCUUUUGGUUCCAGAUAUUAAGACAGUAAAGCUUUUUUUUCUGUGUGCUUUUGAACGGAUACUUCCCAAAACUUGUUUACAGUUAUCUGUCAGAUUACAGAUCGCUCACUCUUUUUAUAGUAUCACUCUCAUUCAUGAAUGACUUUGAUUUUAUUUUUGCCUUAUUCUCAGGGAGGUGAAAUUUGUAUGAAUGUGCAAUAAUUACCAAUUGAUUUAUUUGCCUUUGCAAAUUAACUAAGCUUUGACAAAGUAUGAUAGUUGUGCUUCCACUUUCUAAAUAUUAGUAAUACAGCUACAAUAAGACCAUGCUUGUUAAAAAGGGUUGUGUGUUGAUCAAAGUUUGUCAUUUGGGUUAUUAAAUCUACAUCACACAUGUGCUAUUUCUGUGGCUGAGAACAGUGAGCAAAAACUUGCUUAACUUUCCUAGGGAAGGUCUCUGUGGUACUGUCAUUGUGGUUAACUGUGGUAACUUGACAAAGUAUACCCCGUUAGGAGCAGAGCACUUAAUUUUAAAUAUACAAUAGCAGAUCCCCUUGGUCAUUGUCUCAAUAUUUUAUGUCUCCAUCAACUGUUACGCUUGAUAUAUUUUUUUUUGUCAUCAUAAAAAAUGUGCAAUAUUCGUGUCUAGUGCCUUAUGCAUUGUUUGAAACAUCUUAUUUUGAGUACUGAUCCCCUGUUGUGUGUAAGUUAUAACAAACUGUGUUUGUGAAAUUAAAUUUUG